GGUCCAGGGUCACUUAUUGCAAGAUAAACUGAAUGACUUCAAAAUAGCGAGCCAGAAAAAAUAAGAAGUAAACAAUAAAAAAGAAGUCUGGGACGACUUUUACUUUGACAACUCAGUCGUAGUGAAUAAGUUCCGUAGCAGUGUUGCCAUGUCCGCUUUCCCACUGAAAACGUCGCUAAUAGUAGUUUAUUUACAGAGUGCAGUAGUGUAAAACGUUUUAAUAAUUUUACGUAAAAAUAUACACUUGCAUACCUCCUUUUACUUAUUUGGUAAGGCAAGUGUGUAUGUUUUGAUAGAACAGGUGUCUUGUUUUGUGUGGUGAUCUGGCAACAGUGUUCCGUAUUCACGUCUACUUCACCACACUACAGUCUGCACAGAAAAAAGGCGUGAGAAUGGUGCUCAGGUGAAUAAAGUGGCAAAUGGACUUCCUCACUCUUUUUGGUAUAUAUGUGGCAGUGGUGCUCACCUGCAUCGCUCUGGUUUGUAAGUAUUCAGGACAACAGCAGAGUCCUCUCGGUCUGCUUUUGGACAAGUUCACAGGGAUUGUCUCACCAUGGAUCCCACAAUGUCUCCAAAACAUUUGUUACAGAACUAUGCACAGGCUGUUCCAUCAAAGGAACAACUUCUUUCUUUACUUGCACCUGGUACUUGAAGUGGUUGUGUAUGGAGAAUUCUCCUAUGAGGUUUUCGGUUUCUGUUUGGACAUGGGCAUAAGUUUAAUCAGUUUGUGCAUUCCUUACGUCCUCCUUGCAGUGAAGUCUUAUCUCUUCUACCUGUGUUGUAGCAGAGACCCAGGAACAUUGACAAAGGCGAACCAUACUGCACAGCUGAAGGUCUACCAGUAUGAUGAAAAACUGUUCCAGCAGGGAGUCCAGUGUUCAACCUGUCAGCUGGUCAAACCUGCCCGCUCCAAACACUGUAGGGUUUGCAAUCGAUGUGUCCAGAGAUUUGACCAUCAUUGCGUGUGGGUGAAUAACUGCAUUGGUGCCCAGAACACCAGAUACUUCCUCCUGUACCUCCUGAGUGUGUGUGCCAUGGCAUGUGAUAUUGCAGUCCUUACAACAGACAUGUUGCUCCAAGCUGUUCUACGAACUGGACUCCUGCAUGCUCACUACAUUGAUGAGCAAGGUGUGCAACAGCCCGCUGGACCGUUCUUUAUCAUCCAGCAUCUCUUUAUGACAUUUCCAAGGAUUGUCUUCAUGCUGGGCUUCUUGGUAUUUGUCUUUUUCCUCUUGGCGGGUUAUUCCAUGUUUCACAUGUAUUUGGCUUUGAUAAAUCAAACCUCCAAUGAGUGGUUUAAAGGAAAAGGUUACAACUGCCAGCAUUGCCAUCCACACUCUGGACACAGCUGCCGGACCUCAUACAAUCCUUUUAGAGGUUUCUAUCACAGGGGAAUCCUCAAAAACCUUGGGGAAAUCUUUUGGCCCUUAUGUCCUGUUCAAAAAAAAGAAAAUUAGACAAAGUGCAUUAUUGUUCUUGUUUUUAACUGUCUAUUUGUAUUCAACUGUAUUUUAUUGUGGUAAAUGGGUUUUUAUUAAAUAUUUUCUUAGCCUUAUGUUUUAUUGGUACCCUUUUCUCUUUCUUUUUUCUUUUCUCGGAGUUAUUUUUAUAAGAAUGUUCAAAUGUUCUUUUUUCAGUUGUUUUUCACUCAAGGUCAAAAGUUUACAUACACCUUGCAGAAUCUACAAAAUGUUAAUUUUUUACCAAAAUGGAAGGAUCAUACAUUAUUUUGUACUGACCUGAAUAAGAUAUUUCACAUAAAAGAUGUUUGCGUAUAGUCCACAAGAAAAAAAUUAAUAGUUGAGUUUAUAAAAAUGAUUCUUAAUACUGUGUUGUUAUCUGAAUAAACAGCUG